UUUUUAGUGUUGUUUAAGCCUGGACUAGAUUUUGUGUAAGAAAUGAACAAAACAGGUAAAUUUACGUUUACAAAAUAAUAUGCAGGUGUCCAAUGAUUUUUUCUACAAAUGACGACGAGGGCGAUGGUCAUGAUUGCCACAAGUUUUGCCGUCGGUGGGCUAUGGCGGAGACGAAUAUACAGAGAUGAAAUACAAGUUGAAAAAAUAUUGAUGUGAUCGUUAUUGCUUCCCAUGUUUUAUCGCAGAAUGCUCAUGGAAGAUCAGAAUUUGAAUCGAAGAAAGAAACAUUGAAAAACAGCUAUUUGGAAGAAAAGUAAUUCAAGUUACUAGGUAUAUUUACCGUCUUGAAAAAUAGUGAGGAGCACAUAGACAGAACUUGAGCGUAGGCUUCCUCAUGGAUGAUUUUGCUGUUUUACUGACACACAGUGGCUCACAACAAGAUGAAGUGGGUGGACAGACUUAUUCAUCAAUGUACCAAAAACGAGUCUAAUACUAUCACUACCUACAGGAAUAUGCUGCAGGCAUGUAUGAACACUAAAAGCCUGAUAGAAUGUAGGCAGCUUCAUGCCCACAUGAUCAUAACUGGAGUUGAACAGAAUGAUUUCUGGGGAAGUAAGCUUCUGAAUUCGUAUGCCAGUUGUGGAAGCCUUGUGGAUGCAUUCCUGGUGUUCAACAAAAUCCCCGAAAAAAAUUCUGUUUCUUGGAAUGCCAUGAUCAGAGCACAUGUUGAAAAUGGUAAUUUGGAGGAAGCUAUUGAGAUUUAUAACCAAAUGCAAGCUGCAGGUGUAGUGCCUGAUAACAUGACUUUUCCGAUUGUUCUUAAGGCGUGUGCUAGCCUAGGAGCUCUGCAACAGGGCAAGGAAAUUCAUGAGAAGGUUGUGAGAUUUGGAUUUGAAGAUAAUGUAUUUGUAGGGACUGCAAUUGUUGAUAUGUAUCUUAAAUGUGGGAAUGUUGAGGUUGCACGUCAAGUGUUUGAUAAAAUGCCUCAGAGAAACGUUGUCUCCUGGACUGCCAUGAUUGCUGGGUGUGUACAGAAUGGGUUCGCCAAGGAGGCUUUGGAAUUGUUUGGUACAAUGAUGCUGAUCGCAGAUGUUAAACCUUGUGUCGUCACUGUGUCCAGCAUUCUGCCUGCAUGCACACGAUUGGAGGCCCUGGAUCACGGUAAGGAAAUCCAUAGCGUUGUUGUCAAGUAUGGAUUUGAAGCGGAUAAUUUUGUAUCGUGUUCUCUGAUAGAUAUGUAUGCCAAAUGUGGCAAUUUGGAGGAUGCAUGCCAGUUGUUUGACAAGAUGUCUCAAAAAGAUGUAGUCUUGUGGACUGCUAUAAUUGCAGGGUGUGCCCAGAAUGGAAAUGCUGAUGAAGCGUUGAAAUUCUUUUACCAGAUGCAUUGUAAUGGAAUGAAACCAAACCCGCUUACCAUUUCAAGUGUUUUGCCUGCAUUCGGCCAUUUAAAGAAUUUGAGAGGAGGCCAGGUAAUUCAUGAUAAUGUUAUCAAAAGAGGACUAGAGUCAAAUUUGUAUGUAUGCAGUGCACUUAUAGACAUGUAUGUCAAGUGUGGGCAGACGAAGUGUGCACACAAAGUUUUUGAGGAUAUACCUGUAAGAGACAGAGACGUGGUUUCUUGGAAUGCAUUGAUUUUGGGAUAUACUCAAGGAGGAUAUGGUGAUACUGCGUUGGCACUCUUUCGUGAGAUGCAAUUUUCAGGUGUCAAACCUAACUCUGUCUCCUUUGCUAGCAUUCUUUCAUCAUGUGCCCAUUCGGCAGCUCUGCAACAAGGCAAAGAGAUUCAUGGAUAUCUAAUCAAAAGUGACUUCAUGAUAGACGAUUUUGUGGAAAGUUCUCUCAUAAGCAUGUAUGCUAAAUGUGGGAGCAUAGAUAUUGCACGCCGAGUAUUUGACAAAAUGUUUAGAAGAGAUGCAGUGUCUUGGAAUGCCAUCAUUUUGGGAUAUGGCAUGCAUGGCAAUGCACAAGAUGCCCUGACACUGCUCCAUCAAAUGGAACAAUCAGGUGUGAAGCCUGAUUAUAUCACUUUCAUGGCUGUUCUGUCCACUUGUGGCCAUGCAGGUUUAGUGGAUGAAGGCUGCAAAUAUUUUGAUAGCAUGACUAGAGAUUAUCAAAUCACACCCAGGGCGGAGCACUAUGCAUGCAUGGUUGACCUUUUCGGCCGUUCUGGACACCUGGAUGAGGCGCACGAUGUGAUUAAGAAAAUGCCCGUAGAACCUACUUGUGGUGUAUGGGGAGCUUUGCUUGGUGCAUGCAGAAUGCAUUGUAAUGUUAACUUAGGAGAAUAUGCAGCAGAACACCUUUUCCAGUUAGACCCUGGAAAUGCUAGCUAUUAUGUACUUAUGUCACACAUCUAUGCGGAAGCUGGCCGAUGGGAUGGUGUAGCAAAGAUGAGAACAAUGAUGAGGGACAAAGGAUUGAAAAAGAAUCCGGGAUGCAGCUGGAUUGAAGUAAAGAACAGAGUUCAUUCGUUUGUCCAUGGAGAUAGAUCUCAUCCUGAAUGGAAAAAUAUAUGGACAAUGUUGGAGACCUUGCAUGGUCAAUUGAAAGUGGCAGGGUAUGUGCCAAACCAUCAAGACCUGCUUCGUGAUGUGGAUGAAGAGCAGGAAUUCAUCCUCAGUGCAUAAAAGUUAAGAAUUGUCAAUUUCUUCAGAUUUCUCAAGGCAUGUUGCUGAAUCCUACAUGGAUUAGCACAGAAUAGUGGCCAUGGAGACGAGAAUUUCACCUUAAAAACAUUAAAGCAAAAAAAUUGACGUUCUUCUGUUGAUUAUUUGCGAUGGUAAUCUAUAUUUUGAGCUACCGAGGUAUGGAUCUCAAUUGCCAGCUCACUCAUAUUUUGAUACCCAAUUUCAGAGCUCAACUAAAGAAUUUUUCAAUAGGAGUAUACAGGUAUCCAAAGUCCAGGCUUUCUGCUAGUGCUGACCUGGGAACUAAACCUACUCACAAGAGGAAUCACCAACCAUGAAAACAGUUCAAAGUUGGUGGCCUCACUCCGGAUACUUGGCAAAAGGGUUUGCACUUAUGUGAUUGCUCCAUCCAAUCCCAGUGAGGUCAAUGUUAACGACCAUUAGCUUGAAUGACAAGCUUAAAAUUUUGUCAGCUUCUAGGGCUAGGAGUCGGGGCAUAACUAUGGUCUGAGGUACCAAGCAGAGAAUGUUGUUUGGUGGUCCGGUCUGCAAUAAUUUCUUCAUCGUUGAUAUUUAUUAUUAGCUGUGAACAUGACUUGAUGUAUAUAACACAUUACAAAAUA